AUGACGAAAGAGAAUAUAGUAUUCGUCAAGAACCUCUCAAGAAGGGAGAAACUUAACUACGACACGAGGUAUGAGCUGAUAAUGGAGGCGAAGAAUAGAGAUGGUAAGACAAUGAAAUACGAGGCUAUCAUGUUUGAUCUCUUUAACAAGAUCUUCAUUAUCUUCAGGACUAGCCUUGAGUAUGAGCAGGGAGCCACAGAUUUUGUUUAUGGAUCUUCUUGGAGGUUAGAGGUAUGGAUCAGAAGUACAAACGGAAUAGAUGCUGGACUAAGCAUGGGGAGAAAAGGAGAUUUGAAUGUAGGCGAGGAACAGACUUCUGAAUUUGAAGCGUACGAGUUGUUCAGAGCUGCUUUCUUCGACGGUGAUGACAAUUCAAUACCACGGAGUAAUAUAACAGAGAUGAUGUCUUGA